AAUUUUUGGAACAUCGACAACGCAACAAUGGCGGAGGAGAAGGUCCUCAGCUACAACGAUGUGGUUCUCCGGGGAUCGGACCUCGAGAUCCUUCAAGGUCCUCACUACAUCAACGAUCGCAUCAUUGAGUUCUACUGGAGCUACCUCUCCACCACCAUCUCCGACCGCAUCCUCUUCGUCCCGCCUUCCAUCUCCUUCUGGAUCGCCAAUUGCCCCGAUUCCCAAUCUCUCCGCGAGGCUGUCAAUCCCCUCAAUUUCCUUUCUAGGGAUUUGGUGGUCUUCACAGUCAAUGACAGCUCGGAUUUCACUCAGGCCGAGGGCGGCGCGCACUGGAGCUUGUUGGUGUAUGAGCGAGCGAAUAAUGUGGUUGUGCAUCACGAUAGCUUGACACCGAUGAAUCGAUCGCAGGCGAGACGGUUCUUCAAGGCUGUGAAGGGGUUUCUCGGAGAUGGUUCAGAGGAGGUGAGAUUCAUAGAAGGGCAGACGCCACAGCAGACCAAUGCUUAUGAUUGUGGGCUCUAUGUGAUGAGGAUCGGAAGAGUGGUGUGUGAUUGGUUUGAAGGUCAGUGUGAUAGAGGGAUUGAUUUAUGGUUUUCUGAAUUGAAUGAGGAGGUGGAUACUGUGGUUGUGGCUAAUCUCCGCAAUGCGGUUCUGGAGCUCAUUCUGGGAUUCAUGAAGAAGAGCAAGUGAUUGGAAAAAAAAAAGUUUUGAUUUUUGGAGCAAGAGUAUACUGUUUGAUCUCAAUAGACUUUGCAUGGAUGUCUUCUUGUUGCUCAAAUAAUAUGACAUGCUGUGAGUGCCACACUUUGUGGAAGAGUUGAUUAAUAGGCUUGAUGAGGAUGAUUGAGCUGGAAAUGGAAGUGGGAGAAAAGAUGGUUCAUGAUGCACAAGCUUCUUUUGGUGUUUAGGACUUCUAUUUAUUGUGGUUUUUAAGUAAAUUUUAUGAGUGUGUGCUCAUAUCAACUUGGUUAAUCUAUGAAAUUUUCAUUAUCAGUUC